AUGGAGAUCUCUCCUUCACGCAAGCGGCCGCGCCCGGUAGUGUCCUGUCUCCGAUGCAGAGAGAAGAAAAUGAAGUGCGACCGGGCGGCCCCAUGCCAGAACUGUCGUAAAGCAGGUUGUCGUGCUGAGUGCAAGUACAACCAGCACCCUCACUCCAGCGACUCUCUUCCGACAGCAAAGCGAGUUCAUCUGCCCGUCGAGGAAGAUGGAACUGAUCAGCAAGAUCAAAGAUCCCAAUCGCGACUCGGGACGGGCAUCAUUGAGGAUCUUCAGCAGCGUGUGGUUAAGCUGGAGGAGUUCCUCGCUGUUCGACCUCAUGCUAGCAGUUUUCGCCAGAUGAGAGAUGCGCCUGUCCAGGGUUCAUGGCCCCAAUCUGACUCUACGUCGUCCACCUCACCUUUCCUCGGGACGUUAGUCGUCAAGGGGUCGCGAACUCGUUAUCAUGGGCAAAACAAUCGCGUCACGCUGCUCAAUCAAUUCCCAGACGCAAAAGCGUUCAUCAACCACUGUUCUGAAGACUCUGAACUCGUAGGGCUGGCCAAGGAAGUCCAGUUUCUUCAAACAAAGUCACUGGCGCAAAUCACCUCCCCCCAGUCCCUCUCGGGGUUGGACAGCUUUCCUGAGCUGCAACAUCUUUUCAGUUCUUUUCCCUCAAAGGCAACCUGUGACAAGCUGUUGAAGGUUUACACCACCAACUGUGAGAAAACUCUCAGAGUUAUUCACGUUCCUUCUUUUCUUCGCCAGUAUUCAUCUUUCUGGCAAACCCCCGACCACCAGUCUGCGUCCACAUUUGUACCACUUCUGACGGCAACUCUGGCCGUCGCUGUGUUCUUUGCUCCCCAACCAACUCAUCCCGAUGAAUCAUCGUCAUGGGACUAUCUGACGCAAGAUGCCAUCGGCUCACUGCAAGCCUGGUUGGUCAAGCUCCCACGAAAGCAGCAGGUUGAUCUGGCAACCCUACAAAUUGAAACAUUGCUGUUGCUCUCCCGCCAACUUCGUCUUAAAUCUCCAGAAGAGCUGUGGAAAGCUAGUGGUUCUUUGGUCCGCUCUGGUAUGGUGAUGGGGUUGCAUGUCAACCUUUCUCAGUCCACCAAACUGUCUUUCUAUCAGGCAGAAUGCCGUCGACGACUCUGGAUUACCAUCGUCGAAUUGGAUCUUCAGGCAUCUAUCACGUCUGGCAUGCCAGUGAUGACCCCGGAGCUAGACUUUGGGCCUCUCACGCCGUUGAAUCUCAACGAUCCCGACUUUGACGAGUCAACUUUAGAGCCGCCAUCACCUGCCUCUCUCAGCGAGGCGACCGACUCGCUGGCUCAAAUCACUCUUGCUAGUUCAUUGGCUCAUCGGAUCAGAGUGAUGAACACGGUACAACAUACAAACCCGCAUGACAGCCUCACUGAACGCGUCAAGCAAGGUCAAAAGCUCAAGCAAUAUAUUUCUGACGUUUCAGCCCACUUGAAGCCAAAUCAAAACACGGAAAGCACGCGUCUCGCGUGUGUUUUGAAUCACGUCCUGCUGGACAUCUUCCUCCGACGCCCGCUUCUUUGCCUUCUUCUACCUAUUCUCUCUCACACCUCACACGAUAACUCGUCCUUCCAAGAGAUACAGGAGACUUGCCUCGAGUCCUCACUUGCCAUUCUUUCUUACCAAGACUACUUUGACCCUCAUUUUGCUGACCUUGAUGUGAGCAACCUGACUGCUUACUGGGAUAUCUUCCACACAUUCUGUCACCAUGACAUCGUGUGGGCAGCUCUCAGUGUAUGCGAGUACAUGAAGCUACUUGCCCCCACAUCAACAGCUUCAUCCCCUGCCAACUAUACCAGGGAGCCAACUGGUUCCCUAAGCCAGAUCCCCAGCAAAACUAGCCUCAUCCGUCUCAUGGAGAACACACUUGACAGCUUCACACGUCGGGUCCACCACAAAGGAAGCAACAUCAAAGACCUCAUUCUCCUCAGCACUGUUCUUCAGUCUGUGCGCGCUCGUGGAUCAACAGAGCAAAGGGAGCGUUUGAUGCUACAAGGUGCCAAAAACACCCUUACUGCCUGCCGCCAGCAUCUGCUGUCGAUAGCUACACAGCAGACCUUCUCAUCUGAUAUGGCAGAUCUGGCACAAAUGAUCCAACCCUCCGAGGCGAUGACCCUGACACAAAAUAUGGGGCAACGCCUGUCCACUUCUCAGUCUCAGAUAUCGGACAUCAUCCAACUGCCACCUGAAGCCACGACUGAGUUUGAGAAUUUCGUCGGCGAUCUCUUUUCAUUUGAUGAUGAAUCAUUUAUGUGGAAUAUAUGA